CAAUUAAACUAGAAAUUAUGACGCUCGCGACGUGCGCGAAAGACGUCCGCUUCUACAAAUGGCCGAACAUAUCCUAUUUCGGGGAGUACGAAACGCCGGCGGACUGCAUGGGCGUGAAGAGCAUCUCCUGGUCCUCUAACAGCAAGGAGCUCGUCGUCGUGAAAAGCAAAGGCUGCCCCGUUAUCCUGAAUGUACCCGCCAAAGCCGAUCAAUACGUCGAAUCGACGGAAUGCAAUUACAUCGCCUACGCAUCGGUGGCAACAUUCUCCAAUACUAACCCGGAUUUGGUGGCCUUCGGCACGGAGGACGGUUGUUUGCUAGUGUACGAUACGAAGCGCGCCGGCCGACCACAGGAUUGCAUAAAGCUGCCCAGUCCGGUGCAAAACGUGGAAUUCUCCUCCGACGAUCAGUGCUUCGUGACCGGCUGCUCCAGCGGCCAAAUAUUCCUGUUCGAUUGCAAUCGCAAACCGUGCGCCAGUUUCUUGGUAUCGAAGAGCCCCACCCUAUCCGCUCUCGCUUACAGCAAGGUAACGCCGCAUCUUCUAGCCGCAGCGAGCAAAGAUGGUGUACUAUCGGUAUGGAACACAGACACUACGGAUAAUCUGCUGAGCAACAGGAAGCAUACAGCAAGGAUAACCGACAUAGCGUUUUACCAGAGCAGCCUAACGUCGAUCGGAAUCGACGGGAAAUUCGUUAAUUACGAUUUGAGGUGUUGCAAACCGGCUUGUAGCUACGACCUGGAGUGCUCGUUGUCCAGUUUAGCGUACCUCGAAGGCUCCAACGAGCUGGCGAUCAGCACCAUGUCGGGUCAACUCAGGAGCUACGAUAUAAGGAACAUGGAAACGCCGCUGAGGACGCUGGUCGCCCUUUCAAACGGAGGUUUCAAGAAAAUCAGUUUUCCUUUCAACGACGACGGCUAUUGUCCUUCCAGCAAGCGAUUCGGCGACGGUGACUGCAGCGUCGCCUCCGGUUCCUCUCCCGGACGGUCGAAUCUCUCGAGAUUGGCGUCUGAUAACGAUACUGUUCCGCAAGAGAUCGAAGCCGCUAAGAGACCCGAUAAGGAGGACGUCGGUAAAUUCGUCGAAGAGGAAAUGAAAAUCGCCACCAGGGACUUCGAGGAGAAGCUUCUGCAGCGGUUCUACGCGCUGCGCAUCAACUCCAGCAAGCAGUUCAUCGGCUUGGAGGAGAAGAUUUCGAGCAGCUGGAACGCUUUCGUGGAUUAUUUGCGGGUCUCCGGACAAGCGACUAAUCGACCCAGUUACGUGGGCGUUGGAGUCCAGAAGAGUCGCAAUACUUUAGAACACGAUGCAACACAUUAGAUAAUUUUCUCUCUAAUAAGCUUUAUUUUAACGAUUUCAACUGAUUGAUUCAACUGAUUAAUUUUUUGUCAGUUUGUAACAACAUUUAUGUUUGUUGGUCGGACGUGGAGCAAUCGUUAUAUUGUGCAUAAUAACUCGUUUGGGUGAUGAAAGUGACGAUUGUAAUGACAAAAGUAAAUUUGAAAGGGCCGUUGGAAGGUUUUUUUCCCGUUUUGUAAUUGCGUUACGUCCGCUCGAAUUUUUUUUAUUCCUAUAUCGCAUUACUGCAAACAGACCGCCGUAUUUACAUCGAACAAAACAAACUCCAUCGGGGGAAAUUCCCAUCCCGCGAACGGGAAUGUAAGCAAACAGAACGAAAAAAUCGCCGUGAUUUAAUAACUACGCACAUGUCGUUAUUGGACAGAUUGAAUUUUAAUAAUAAAUAUCGUUUAUACUUUUUUUUGUUAGAAUCGUAAUGUAGAAAAUAUAGUUUCAUUAUAAAAAUGCUGUUACUUAGAUCGAAGUCAG